AUGAAGGUUACAGUCUUUGUCAUGACAUUCUUGACCGUGACGAUUCAAGCUAGUAAUAAUCCUGAGACUGACAUGCAAGUUUCAUCAGCAGCACAGAACAAUCAGGGAAAUGUUAAGAGUGUAACGUCGGGUUUGACAAACUUGACGGAUCAGUCGAUACGUCCAUCGACCAAUUUCAGUGAGCCAACGUUUGCUCCUACGGCGGUAUCAACAAAGCAUAGUGGCUUACCAUCAACAUCAACGACGACAACGUCGAUGAAUAACAAAAAUGGAACGCAUAUAACGAAGCCUGCAAGUAUCGUAGGAGUAGCGUACGCUACGACACGGGCAGAGUUUGAAGCUGAGAAAAGUACGAGCUAUAACGCGAGUGGCAAAGCUACUGUGCCUAUUGUCAUCAUUGGUUGCUUGGUUGGAGUGCUUGGUGUGGUGGCUGCUACUGUUAUUGUGAAAAAGCAUAAGGUGGUUAUUGCAGAAGCAAAAGGUGAGAGAGAAAAAGUCGUAGAAGUAGAAGAAGAGGAAGAGGAAGAGACGAAUUACUCCAAUGCUAUUCAUACACCCGGUGUGACCAAAACAACGCACUCCCAUGCGAUUACUACAUCCGAUGCAGUAGAAGACGAGACGAACUGCUUUGACGACAUCAACGGACAUGCCAUAUAA